GUCCAGCGGAAUAAGACACACAGGUCGCAACAUAACCAUGGAUAACUUCUUUACCAGCAUUCCUUUGGCUGAGAAGCUCCUAGAGAAGAACCUUACGCUUGUGGGGACUCUUCGCCAGAACAAGCCAGACAUACCACCUGUCAUGAAGCCAAACAAACUGAGAGAGAAGUACAGCUCCAAAUUUGGAUUCUGUGGCAACAUGACAAUGGUGAGCUAUGUCCCGAAAAAGGGGAAGGCUGUUGUGCUGCUAAGCACAAUGCAUGAUGACACAGCAGUGGAUGACCAGAGUGUUAAGAGGAAGCCAGAAGUGAUCCAAUAUUACAACCACACAAAAUCAGGAGUGGACACAAUGGAUCAAAUGGUUCGCACGUACACCUGCAAGCGGAGAACACGGAGGUGGCCCAUGGUGCUCUGGCACAAUGUGCUGGAUGUUGCCACCCUCAACGCCUUCACCAGCUACACUGCACAACACCCUGGUUACAUGGGUGGUGUGACUAAUGCACGGCGGCUCUUCAUAAAGGAGCUGGGCAAAGAGCUGGUCAUGCCACACAUGAGGAGACGCAUGGAGGGCACGUCCCACCUCCAAACCCAUAUUACAGAGGCAAUGGAAAGAUGUGGGUUAAAAAAAGUAAGCGCAGCCACCACCCAGCCACAGGAGGGCCAAGUGAAGAGGAAGAGGUGCAAGAUCUGCCCAACUGCCAAAGAUCGAAAAGCCAGCAGCUGGUGUUCCAAGUGCACCAGCCCUGUGUGCAAGGAGCACAAACAUGUUGUUGUGAUUUGUGAGGCAUGUAUGCACUAGAUUGCAACUUACUCAUAUGAGU